AGCACUACUGAGAUUCCAAUCGUUGCAGCGGCUGCGCCUUCAGCAGCUAGCAGUAGUAGUUCCAGCGGAGAUUCCAGUGGUGGCGCCGACGUUCAUAGCGGCGACAUAACCUACUACACCGUUGGCCCAGGAGCAUGUGGUUAUGACGACAGUGGUGCGGACGAAACGAAGAACAUCGUGGCCAUCGCGGCCGAUGACUUUGGCCCGCUCACCAGUCUCGGCGUAAACCAACCUGCCAACCCUCUGUGCGACCAAACUAUUACCAUUAGCGCGAACGGCAAGACCACCACUGCCACCAUUCGUGACAAGUGCCCGGGCUGUGAUUUGGGUUCAAUUGAUGUGUCGUCAAAGACCUUCAUGGAACUCUUUGGCAGUCUUGAUGGCGGUCGCGAACCCGUCACAUGGUGGUACAACUAA